UGUCCGCCAUGGCGGGUUCUCGAGGCCUUGCGGCAAUGGUUACGAUGGCCAUCGCUUCCAUGUUGGCAAUUCAGUGUGUUUACGGGGAAAUAGUUUGCGAGAACCUACCGACGGAGAUGUGCGCGUUCUCGGUGUCGUCGGCCGGAAUGCGGUGCGUGCUCGAGAAGUACAAUUACGGGGAAGAGGUGAGGCUGCAAUGCAGGACGUCUCAGGUGAAGGUGGCCGACAUCGCCGGGUGGGUCGAGAGCGACAGGUGCGUGGAGGCAUGUGGUGUGGACAGAAGCUCGGUCGGCAUUUCCUCCGACUCGCUCAUGGAGCGCCAAUUCCUGGAGAGACUUUGCUCCGCUCCUUGCUAUGGAGGCUGCCCCAACAUCGUCGACCUUUACUUCAACCUUGCUGCAGCUGAAGGCAUCUUCCUCCCCAAACUAUGUGAAUCAUUGAACGAUAACCCCAGGCGUGGGAUGUUUGAGACGCUCAGCUCCGGCUUUGUGGCUCCAGCACCAGGGUCAUUGCCACCUCCGUCGGAGCCAACACCGGCGCCGGGUUCCGAACCAGCAGCUGCCUCGGAGCCAGCUCCAGGAUCCGAGCAGGUGCCAGCUCCAGUGUCUCAGCCAACAGUAGGAUCAACGCCCCGUUCACAUGCUGCGACAGGAACAGACAAAAAGAAGAAGAAGGAUAAGAAGAAGAAGAACGAGAAGAAGAAAGAGGAUGAGAAGAAGAAGAAGAAACAACACAAGAAGAAGACAAAGAAGGAUGAUCAUAAGAAGAAGAAGCACGAUAAGAAGAAGCAUCAGAAUAAGGACCACCACAAAAAGAAACCAGAGAACAAAGAGGCAUGACCGCCUGCAGCAAACACGGCCAAAUGAAGCACUGCUUGUGUUUGAUUUGGCGCCGACGUGAAGCCCUGGAAAUUCUUGCGUGUGUGUUUAUUUUUGUUUAAUUUGUGAACUUGGUGGGAUUUGGAGACCCUUGUGCCAGAAAUCUUGUUUUGCAUUUAAGUGUUGUGUGA